AGGCAUGCGCUCUUUUCAAGGCGUGGCCAGUCUGCAAGGGAAAAACUUUAUGAACAUCGACGAACUCACGGACGUCGAGCUCCGGGACCUCCUUUCCCUUUCUGCUCAAUUGAAGAAAGCCUAUUCCUCGCCCAGUCCUUCCGUCCUUCCUCGGCCGUGCGAGGGAAAAAGCGUCAGUAUGAUUUUCCAAAAACGCAGUACGCGUACACGCGUAUCGACCGAGACAGGCAUGGCUCUUCUGGGUGGCCACGCCUUGUUUCUGGGUCCACAAGAUGUACAGUUGGGCGUAAACGAGAGUAUGCGGGACACGGCGAAUGUGCUUUCCCGCUUCAAUUCCCUUAUCCUCGCCCGAGUGUUCGCCCACACGGACGUCCAGCUCCUCGCGAAACAUUCCAGCGUCCCCAUCAUCAAUGCCUUGUCCGAUCUUUACCACCCUUUGCAGGCCCUGGCCGAUCUCCUGACCCUGGAGGAGCAUUUUGGGAAGGGGAGUUUACAGGGGAAAGUUCUGACAUGGGUAGGUGACGGGAACAACGUCCUGCACGAUCUGGCCAUGGGCGCAGCUCGUCUGGGUAUGCACGUGCGGGUAGCCUGUCCCGUCGGCUACGAGCCCAACGGCGAAAUUAUGCACCGGGUGGAGUGGCACGCCCAGCGGUCGGGGGGGUCGUAUGUGAUGGAAAGAGACCCGAUGACGGCCGUCGCGGGCGCGCACGUGAUCGUGACGGACACCUGGGUGAGCAUGGGCCAAGAGGAGGAAUACGAGAGGCGGAUGCGGGAUUUUGAGGGCUUUCAGGUGACGAGACGCAUGAUGGAGCAUGGGGCCAAGGGGUCAAAUGCCGGGCGGCCGGCCUGCGUGUUCUUGCACUGCCUGCCCCGCCAUCCCGAGGAGGUGACGGACGAGGUCUUUUACGACCCCGCACGGAGUUUGGUGUUCCCAGAGGCGGAAAACCGGAUGUGGACGGUCAUGGCCGUCAUGCUUUCGUUGGUGG